AUGCACAGUGAUUUAGAUCCAUUAAAACAGAAAUUAAAUACUGAUAUCAUUAACUUUUUUACACUUUUAUUUCAAUAUAAAAAAUCUUCAAAAGAUUUAAAUUAUAUUUGUCAAGGAUACAUAAACUUAUCCGAAUUCUUCCAAAUACAAUUCAAUGAUCAUCAAAAUUUACUAUCUAAUAUGCUGAAAAUUGAUAAAAACACAAAUGGAGUAACGUUCUCAACAACCCAUGAUCUUUUUAAAAAGCAUUUUUAUGAAUUUUAUUCAAGAGAUAUCAACAAACUAGCUUUGUACUUUGGGAAAUCGUUUGAACUUAUAAAAUUUCUUGAUUUAGUGACUACAGAUGAUAUUGAAAAUUUACGUGAAGCUGUUAAUGAUUCUGAUGAUACAUUGAUGACUACAAAAGCAACACUUGAUUUAGUCAUACUGAAGACAUUUUUAGUAGCGACUCGUGAUGAAAUUACAAAGUGCAAACAAGAAUCAUCGCAGGAUCUGGUCAUGCAAAAAUUAUUGAAUUGUUUCGAAUCUGCUGUGAGAGACGAUCAAAGCAAAAAUAUAUUUGAAUGUUUCGAAUCCUGUAACCCACUAUUAUCCAGCAUUGAACAGGUUCACAAUAGUUUGACUCAGCGAGGAAUAAUGAAAGGAAAACAAAUUGUAGAUAUUAUGAAACAUGCCUCGUUCAAAUUUUUGGAUUCUCAAACAAAUAAAGAGAUAAUUAGACUUAACUAUCAUUAUGAUGUGACAUUAAAUUUCAAUGAACUCAUUGAUCUUCGGGAUCUUGCACGACUUGUUGAUUAUUCAAAUACAAUUAAAGGACAAACUGAUUCAACAAAAUCGACUAGUGUAAUACAUUCAUUUAUUUCUUUUGUUGAUACGAUUGAAAACAUAAUCAAACAUUUAACACAAUUCAAAAUGACUGGAUAUCUUUUUAUAGAAACUUCUCUUGAGUUAAACAAAAUAUUUACAUGUAAGGAUUGCAAUUUCGAUGAACUAGUUGCAUACAAGACAAAAAUUGGAGAGUUUUUAGUCAAAUGGGAAUGUCAAUUGAAUAAUUUGUACAAAGAAUACAUUGAAUUGACCUAUUUUAAGUACGAUCAAGUUUGGUCAAUCGAAAAGUAUCUGCAGAAUCGAACGACAGGCGCUAAUAAUGCUUAUCAUUUACUGAAAUAUAUUGGCAUACAACCUGAAUCAUUUCCAAAUGAUAUUUCAAUCGAUACGGAAGAUGAUCCAGCCAAUCGUCUUAGAAAUAUUGGGAAAUUGUUAUAUAGUAAAACACAUUCCGGGAUAAUAACAAACAAAUACGAAUAUCAAGGCAAUAACAGAGUUUUUGUAGUUAAAACAUCUGAAGAAGGUGUUAUGCGCGCUGUAUUAUCGUGUUUUAAGCUUGUUGGAGUGUCAGCUCGAGCGAAUCGAUUGUUUAGCUGUACGGAAAAAACAACAUGGAUGGAAUUAAAAGCAUUUGCUUAUCGAUGUUUUUACUCGAAUACGUUUCAUUUGUUGAUUCGAUCUGAACUAUUAACGGUAUCGAUUCAAGACAAAUUUAUUGAACUUCUACUUCAACUGAUCAAUUUAUCCAAUGAUCAUCGAUUUCAAGUCGGAAUAAUCACAACCUCGGGCGAGGAACAUCAACCAUUGAUUAAUGUUUUACGAACAUUCGAACUUUACCAACCAAUAUAUGAUCAUCAAAUGUUGAAUAAGCCUGAUUUAAAAAAAGAAACAGAAACACUUCUCGGUCAAAAUUGUUUUCUUAUUACAUCUGAUAUGGCUGGUCUUGGUAAAUCGACUUAUAUACGUAACCGAAUCGAUGAAGCUGGCAAGCAGCACAUUAAAUUUCCUAUUAGCGGUUAUAUUGAUUUGGAAAUUUUGGUUGAUCGUCUUCAUACUUACGUCAAUCAAUCAACAACUUCGAAAAUAGCGAUUCAUAUCGAUAUUGGAAUCGUUUUUGACAUUAAUAAACUACAUGAAUUCCUUUAUUGUAUUUUACUCUUUCGUAGUUUUUGCCACGGAUUAUUAGCAGUUAGCCUUCCAGUUGAAGUACCAAUAUAUAUCGAACUUGAUUCAUCACCACAAAUGGCCAAUCUCUAUGAAGGGCUUACCAUCUUACACUUCUUACAAAAAAUAAAUGUUCCUCAUAUAGAUUGGGUGCAGAUGAAUAUGAAAUGUCUCCCGGGGAUUCAGUUGGUCGCCCAUUAUCUUCGAGCAAUUCAAGACAAGAGUAUUAGUCAAAAAGAAAUCAAGGAAGAAACAUUCGCUGAACUCGAUCGAGACACUUGUUCAAAACUUUUACUCGAACAAUUCGAUCUUAAAAAUAAUGAAAAACAAAUCAGUUGGACAAGUAUAAAAAUCUUAAUAACAAUUUAUUAUUAUCUAUUUUCGGGCUUCUGUAAUUGUGCAUUCUUUUCUUCGAAUCGACCAUAUGCCGCCGAGCUUCGCAUGGAUAUACUUCAAUAUUUGAUAAAAUCAUCGAAACAAUUUACAUCCUAUUCAGUCGAAUCCGUACGCAAAAAACAGCGAUCGUUGGGUGAUAGCAACAUUAAUCUCGAUGAAACUAUCAUUCGCUGGGAUAAAUUACAACCAUUUACAGUUAUAUUUACUGAGUGGAAUGAUCCAUUAUUUGUCUAUAAGAAUACUACUGUUGUUCCACGUUCGCUGAUAAAUGCAAAAGUAGAACCUGUUCAAGCAAAUAUCUUCUAUCGAAUUUUAUUCUACAGCAGUGUCAAACGUGAGCAACAGCAACGAGAACAAGCACAAUUUCCCGAUCAUAAUCAACUUAAACAUACAGACUUUUUCAUUAGACUUGCAGCACUAUCAAAAAAGUAUUAUGGCCAACCAAUUUGUAAUAGUUGUUUUAAGCAAUAUGAAAAUACCGAUCAGUCGUGUAUAAACUGUGAGGAAAAGGGUCAGUUGCUUCGACCGAAAACAACGAGGGAAUUAGAUAUCAUAGAAUUUCAAAUGGACAUAGCACGUCGACUCGAAAAAGAAUAUGUAUGGACAGCAGAUAAUUAUACAAAAGCGCUUCUCAUAUAUUUAAGAAUACAAUGUCGUCUUCCAGUUAUACUUAUUGGUGAAACAGGUAAUAUUUCCUAUCUAUUCGUUAAUCUACCUGUGCAUAAUUUUGAAAAAUUCUUAUUUUAUAUCAUAGGAUGUGGUAAAACGGCAUUAAUACAAUGUUUAUGUGAAAAGAUUUUAGAUGAUGAACUGGUAGUUUUUCAUAUGCACGCCGGUAUUACAGAUGAGAACAUUGAUCAACAAAUGCAGAAGUUUGUAAUGAAGGCAAAUGAAAGCUCGAUCAAAGAGGGAAAGAAACGAUUCUGGGUGUUUUUCGAUGAAUUUAAUACAACGCUAUGUAUCGGUUUAUUGAAGGAAAUUCUCUGCGAACGUACACUACAUGGACGAGAAUUACCAGAUAAUAUGCGAUUUUUAGCAGCAUGUAAUCCACAACGAUGGAAGAAGAAUAGUGGUAGUUUUCAAGAUGAUAUCGGCAUAAAAAAAGAUUCGUACGAUUUCCAACGCUCAAACAGUCAUUUAGGUGAAGACUCACUUAUAUACCAUGUUCUUCCUAUUCCUGAAUCUAUGCUUGAAUAUGUUUGGGAUUAUGGUUUUCUUGAUGGAGAAACAGAAACUUCAUAUAUUCAGGCAGUACUGAAUUCAUGCGAACAACUUUCGGGUACCAUUGUCCUGUACAAUUCUACAGUGAAGCUCGUGGCAGCAUCGCAACAAUUCUUCCGUAAAAAUGAAGACACGAGUAGUAUAUCGUUGCGAGAUGUCGCUCGCUUCUGUCAAUUUUAUAAUUGGUUUUUAAGGAAUCGUACUGAACCUCAAGACGGUCGUAUUUCAAAUUACAAUAAGUUGAAUGAAGCAAGGCUAUUAGCUCUUCUCCUUACAUAUUAUCUUCGACUUAGUGGCUCCGAUUUACGAAAGUCUUAUUUGAAUCAUAUUAAACCGAUUCUCGAAGAUGGUACGAAAAAUGAUACUGAUAUCUCAAAUUUUUUAACGGAUUUACUCCGAAAAGAGCAAGAGGGACUUAUAAAACAGAUAGAAUUACCACUAGGAACUGCUAAGAAUCGAGCACUUUUAGACAAUAUCUUUGUUCUAUACGUAUGCACUUUGAAUAGGAUUCCAGUAAUACUUUGUGGUAAACCUGGCACAAGUAAAACAUUAGCUGCGAACAUCCUUCUCAAUAAUCUCAAAGGAAAACGAUCGAACAAAUCUUUCUUUGAAAAAUUACCUGAAUUAAUUCCAGUUUCAUACCAAGGCUCAAAAAAUUGUACAUCCGAAAGUGUAUUGAAAGUUUUUGAACGUGCGGAUAAAUAUUUGAAUGCCAGAGAAAAUAGUGAUAUUCUACCUGUGAUUGUUUUUGACGAAAUCGGUCUUGCUGAACUAUCUCCACAUAAUCCAUUGAAAGUACUUCAUAGUAAAUUGGAAACUGAUACAUGUAAAUAUGGUUUUAUUGGUAUUUCGAAUUGGCAUCUCGAUGCAGCCAAAACGAAUCGUACGUUAUAUUUGGCUUGUCCAGAUCCAAACAGAGAUGAACUUAUAUUAACAGCUACGACCAUAUCAUCUUCUUUGCUUCCAAAUCAAACCAAAGAUAAUCAAAUUAAAGAUUAUGUUCAGAAUCUUGCUAAUGCUUAUUUCGAUUUACAAGAACACUUGAAAACGAACCCGCAAUACAAUAAUUAUUUCGGUCUACGAGACUUUUACUCUCUUAUUAAAGGAGUUGUCAAUGGUUUAAUCAAUUUUUCCAACAAACAAAAUCACAACAGAAUCAUUAAGACACAACUAGCUAUUAAUUUUGAUGGCGUUCUCGAUGGUUCAGAUUAUCUAUGGAAGAGGUUUUGCCAUCACACUCAAUACGAUGGGUCUUUUGAUCUCGAAAAUCCACCAACGUUCAUUGAAAUGAUAGCUCAAUCUUUUACAGACCGUAAGGGUCGAUAUCUAAUGUUAAUUGGUGACAAUGAAACUCUUAAUGAUUAUGCAGAACGAUAUAUCAAGAAAAAACAACCUAAUACACGAACACUCAUUGGAAGUUCUUUACCCUAUGAUUCAAUACCAGGUGCUAGUUACAGUGAACAAUAUAAUCAAAGAGUAUUAUUGGAUGUUAUUUUUUCUGCCGAAUCGAAUGUUACUCUAAUAAUGCGACGAAUGGACCAUAUUUAUGCUAAUCUCUACGAUUUAUUUAAUCAAAACUUUCACAAAUCAGAACAGAGAAAAUUUUGUCGAAUAGCGUUCGAUAAUAUCAACUAUCAACGGGUUCCUAUUCAUGAGGAUUUCUUUUGUAUUAUACUGGUUGAACGAAAAGAUCUUCUAGAAAAAGAUCCUCCUUUUCUCAAUCGUUUCGAAAAGCACGUUUUUGGUACAGAUUCUCUUAUUCACAGCUGUUACACUAUAAUUGCAUCAAAUCUAUUGCAAUGGAUUAACAAUUUAGCCAUGUGUAGUUCAAAUAAGGCUUUUCCCCAACGAAAGAAUCUAUUUGUUGAUUACAAUCCAGAUAAUAUUCGUAUCUUAGUUAUGGAUGCAUUUGAUUCAUUGAACAUACCUGAAGAUUAUAAUGACAAUCAAAGAGAUACCGUUAUUGAAUUUUGCAAAAAACAAUUAAUCCGUACAAGUUCAUUUGAUCUCCUUCUUCUUCUGUCAUAUCAGAUGAAAAAGAAUGACAAAUUUAAAACAUUAAUCGAUCAAUGUUAUGAAAUACGUAAUAAACUGUCAUUUUCAAAUUUAAUUGAUCAAACAUUGAAAGAACCAACAAUUUCAAAUCAUGUCAUUUAUACUUAUACACAAAUUUAUGAUAAAAUCGAAUAUUUAAAUGAGAAUAAUCUCGUGGUAGAAAUCAAAAUUGCUGCUUUUAAAACUGAAUUUGAAUUAAAAACCAAAAUCAAAGAAUAUUAUCAAUCGAAAACUCAUCGUUUAUUACUUAUUCGUGUUGAUUAUCAUCAUGAACAUAAACAUUUACUUUUUCUCAAACAUUUGAUACAAAAUGUAAACGUAGAACUGAAAGACUUUGAUGUAUGGUUAGUGCUCCAUUUACAAAGAAAUCUUAUGAAUGAUAAACAAGAUGAUGUUUUAUUUAAUGGUUGGAUUUCUCUUAUGAUUGAUAAUCUUAAUCAAAAGGAACUUAUGCAAAUUGAUGUUUUAACAAAUCCAUCAUAUCCUAAUCUUCUAAGUCACGCAAAUUUUUCUUUAUCACGUACGAUGUUUAACGAACUUGUCAAUCAAUCUUUCGUACGUAUUCGUUAUACAGUCAAAUCGAAAAACAAGGAACAGCUAAUCAAUCAACGGCGUGAUUCAAUACUUGAAUUAUUUACCUUCGAAUUGAUAAAAACGGUUGAUUUAAAUUAUUCAUAUUCAGAAUCAAAAGAUUGGCGACAAGACUUAUUGAAUAAUCCAACAAUUGUUGGUUCUUGUCGAUCGAUUGACAGUGCUUUACAAAUGACGAUUUUACUUUUCUAUUGUGAUUAUUUUCUGGCGUUUUUAGUUGAAGCUGAAAAAUCAUCACUAUUCGAUUCUUGUCGCUUUCUCAAUUCAAAAAAAGGAAAGACGUACGAACAUCUGAAAUGUAUUUGGUUUGAUUGUUUACGAUCAGUUAAUCAAUCGAUUCCAAAAACAAUUACAAUUAUAGAUACUGUUGAAAUUCCACUUAUCUUUGAUCUUCGACUACCUUGUGGACGAUUAGAACAACAAAUCCUUCGUCAUAUAUAUGAAACGACAAAAAAUGAGACCGAAAACCUUCGUGUUAAUUUAGCGAUGGAAAGAUUACGAAAUACCAUCAAAGAUCAAAUGAAAUAUUUCCUUCUGGAACAAGACGAAUCGAUUAAAUUAUUAAAUUUAUCCGAAGUCGGAUUCGCAAUUAUCGGAGAAGAUAAAUGGAACUUUGAAGAACAAUUUUGUAUUUUGAACAACAACGAAACAAAACCAUUCAAAAACUCAACUAAUCUAUACGUUCUUAUUCAAUUACAACAUCAGUUUUAUCAAGUUCCACCACAAGAAUCUUUUGAUAAAGAUAGAAUUUAUCGGUGUGAUUAUGAUCCACUGAUCGAAAUUAGUUUGAUGAAUUUAAUUGAAUUACUCAUUUCACCAUCAACUAUUGAAAAUGCUGAUAGUAUUGUACAAUUAUUAAAUACAUAUGGAUUUAUUGCACAAAGUAUACUCUAUUUAAACAAUUAUGAAAUAAACAAUUUAGAAAAAUUACGUUCAUUUGAAAGUCUUCUACGUUGUGUUAUGGAAUUAUUACCCAAUGAUAAGGCACUAGUGGCUUUCAAAGAUAGUUGCCACAAGCCUUACGACAAAACUAUAUUUGAUGGUACUUUUUCAACAUGCAAUGACAUCAAUAAGUUCAUGAGAAUUUUAACUAAGAGAAUAAAUAAGAAUAGAGGUGAUCAACACGAAAUUAAUUCGUUUACUAAUUGUCGACCAUUGUUGAAACUUGAAGUUGAAUUCUUAAAAAAUUGGCUAAUUGAUCAUGGUGACGAAUAUUGUACUGUGCUUGAUUAUAUUUACAAAUCAAAUAGAAAUUUCUGGCAUUAUUCAGCGAAAAUAUUUAAAUAUAUUGAUAAAAAAUUUGAUUUAAUGUCAAUUGUUCGAACCAGUUUUGACGAAAUAUCAUCGAUUGAAGAACUUAAAGAACUCGAUAAAUAUUUGUCUCAAUCAAACAAUGAAACACGGAAAGUUCAACGAAUUAUGAUCAAUCGCAUUAAUAAUUAUCUCUUAAAUGAUGUUUUCAAUGAAAGUGAAGAAAACAUCAACGAAAGAAAUCGAUCGACGCUUGAAGAGUAUUUAACUAAAUAUUUUUAUUUUUUUCAAACGAAUAUUAAUGCUUAUCUAUUUGAAUCUGAAUUUCAAACGGUUGUCUUAAUUGCAUGGUUGAAGACUUAUCUUCAAAUUUAUGCAUUUUUGUUAUAUGAAGAUCUUCACAGUACGAUUAUGGACAAUAUUGAUAAAUUUUUAGCACAGACAGAAUCACCAUUUUGUUCGACUCUAAAAAUAUUCAUUAUGAAAAAUUUAUGCCAAAAUUAUCGUGUAAAUCUCGACGAAUUAUAUGAAAAUUUCGUCAAUCGUACUUGUCUCUGGAUAAGAAGAAUGUUUUCACACCAUCAAUAUCAACAACAACGAAGAUUUAAUCAAAGUAUUAUUCUUCCAACACCGUUAUACCAGACUAAAGAAGAAAAUAUGAAAAUUAACAAUAUAUUGGAAAACAAUGCACAAACACAUGAGUGGAGAAGUUUGAUCAACGAUUGUUCAACGAAUCAGCAAUUGACGUACUGUUUUAUCAUGUCAUUUGUACAUCAAUAUGGCAAAAUUCAGAAAAAAGAUACUUCAAAUAUGGCAUUUAAAACUAUUGUGGAUCUUUUGGAGACAGGACUGUUUCAAUGUUUUGGACAGAUAGAGAAUACAUUUUUGUGUUUACUCUAUAAUAAUUUUCCUCGUGAUAAAUCAUACUUUCAAUUAAAUGAAGAAAUGGGACCAAAUGAAUUACAUCGACGUUUGCUUGCACUCAACAUUACUGCCUUAUUUCUUUCUUACAAAGCUGAUAAAAAGUUUACUUUCGUUAAUUCUAUACUCUUUAACGAACAUGGGGAAAUGCCACAAAAUUAUGAAGAUCAUUUACAAAGUAUAUAUUUACCCGGUCUCAUAUUUGAUGAUCGAAACAAUACAAAUGAAGAAAAUCGCACGUCUAGACUUGGUUAUCAUAGUAUGAAAUCUUCCCAAAUGAGCAAUAUUCAUGAAAAACCUGAUCAUCUUGAAUUGUCUAUAUCGUAUCGUUUCAUUCAUAUGAUUAUUCAUGCGAUUCUUCUCGUCUUACAUGAACUCGAGCUUCUCGAAAAUUAUCGAGUGAAUUAUGAUUAUUGUAGAGAUCAUUUUGAAAGGGACUACGAGUUGAUAUGCCAAUUGUCGGAUGAUCCUGAUCAAUGUUAUAUAUGGUUAUACAAAUUGAUUAAUCAUUUGGUCAAUGUUGAUUUUCAACAAGAUAAUUCACAGGGUUAUGAUAAAAAUGUUAUCGAAUUUGAAAAAUAUGUUGAAAAUCAAGUAAUUAUUCCUCAUAUUGGAUCCAUUGACAAUGAAAUUCGAGAAUACAAAUUGGCCUAUAACAAAUAUGUGAAAGGUGGGAAUACUGAUUUGACAUUAUAUGAGUUGAUUGAUGAACUUGUCAAUGAUGAAAACACAUAUCCAUUAUUAAGCUUCUUUAAUACAACUAAAAAUCAUAUAAUUAAUCCAGUAGAUUCAUUUCAAAUUAAACUUCAGACUCUACCUGGUGCUGACAAGAAAUAUCCAAUGACGAUGUUCUUUUUUAAACAAUCUGAUGAUUAUGAAAAUAUUCGAUAUUUAUAUCCAAUAAUCACAUUUGUUGAAUAUUUGAGACAAAAAUUCAAUUAUAGAAUAACACGUAAAGAUGCUGAAAGAAAAACGAUUGAAGAAGUUCUUUCCAAAGAUUCGGAUAAAACAUCAUCGAAAUUAUACGAAAACUUUAUAGAAGCAUGGUAUCAACUCAAAUUGAAAGAAGUCUACGUCAAUUCUCAACCAAUCAAGUUUGAACAUAAAUAUUCAUUAAAGGAAUUUAGUCAACGAACGGAAAUUGCUAAAUUAUUCAUAAAUUCACCAAAAGAUUCGAAUAGUUGUCUACUAAUUGGUUGUAUUAAAACAAUUAGUGAUUUACAAAAUAAGAUUGUUCAACAUUUUAAUAAUAUUAUCGAUUCGAAUUCAACAGAUAAAAGGCUUCAAUCACAGAAUGUACCAUUACAAUCUCUUCAACCAAAACAUCUCUUAUUUUUGGACAAAGAUAUGAUUAGUACGAAAUUGAUGGAUGAUGCAUCAGUCGUCAAUCAUGAAUAUGGAAUGAGUAAAGAAAUCAUCUAUGAUUUUGAGGAAAUUGAAUUUAUGAUUCGUGAAAAAGUUAGCUGCUUACCAUUGAUUGAUACAGGCAGAAUAAAUAUGUUCAAUUAUCAAUUUGAAUUGUCUGAAGAAAAUGCUUCACUAAUCAAUGAUAUUCGCAGAAUUAGUGAACAAAAAGCAUUGCCGGAGAAGAAACGAGAUGAACUACAGAAAUCAAUUGAUAGCACUCAAAACGGUGAUAUUCUUCAUUGCAUCGGUUUACUCGAUCAAAUAUUUACAUAUUUACGACACUGUGAACGUCAAUCUGUGGAAAAUCUUACGAUUAAGACAUUUAUUGAACAACAUAUUGGAUCGAAAACAGCUUUCAAUGAUGAAUUAUUUCAGGACUCACAAUUUUUGAAUACUCAAUUAACAUACGUCGUUGAUCUCUAUCAACUAUUCGAAGAAAUUGGAUUCGAUAAAAUUUUACGAAAUCAUAUCGAAAAAGAUCUAAGAGGACCAUUACUAAUUUCAAUUGAUGAUGAAACUUGUCUUAUCGAUCAGUUUAUUCAGAUGACAUCUGGAAACAUAAAAAUAGCAGCCGGUCUGAAAACCUUAGAUUGUUGGAUUAACAUGUUGAAAAGACUUCUUUUACGAGUCUCAAUGAAUACGAACUUAAAAUUUGAUGUACCGUUGCAAAACUUUGCUUGCCGAUCUGAUUUUUGGACGGUUGACGUCACAAAAAAUGAUAUUCAAUCUUUUAAAAUUACAGAUGAUAUUCAACUACGACAUGCACUUAUUAUUCUUAAAUGUUUAGAACAAAGAAAAAGUAAUCCACAAGGUAAAAAGCCAUCAUGCUCAACCAAUCAACGACUCAAUACUGGAAAUUCAGUUGAGCCCAAACAAACAUGGUUUCCAACUUCAAAUACAUCUCAAAGAAAAGUUAUUGAUCCUAAUCCGACAAUUAAGAAAAAGACACGGGUUUAA